CUUGGAUUUUUAAGCCCUUAAGAAAAGGAAGUGAUAAAUCACGUUGACCGUGAGGUGCACCUUGAAAGUGAAAGCAGAAUCUCCGUUGCCCAAAUUUUGCGAAUAAGACGGAUUCUUGUCACCAAAGUUCCUACAUCAGAUUGUAGAAAUAUGUACUAGUUGCUGAAGUAAGAUGUCAUUCUUAGCCUAAAUAUCGAACUCGACCCAUGAAGAUAUCUUAGAUCAUUAGAUGUGAAGAUGGCUCAACCUUUCGGUGCUGAUUAUUCGAGAUAUUAUGCAAAUGGUAUUGGGAGGGACAAUGCACGUGGACCUGGAUUUCCCGGCUUGAAGAAGAGAAAUCAUCAUCUUGGAAAUCGGUCUUGGAUAUUGAUUGAUACCAAAGGGAACUCCGAAGUCAUGGAACUAGAUAAGCCAACUGUCAUGAGACGCUGUUUGCUGCCUUCCAGAGACCUAAGACUCUUGGAUCCUUUGUUUAUCCAUCCCUCUUCGAUUUUAGGCCGUGACAAGGCCAUUGUUGUCAGUCUUGAGCAGAUUAGGUGCAUCAUCACCGCUGAUGAGGUUAUACUGAAGAACUCCGUAGAAGACUCAGUGCUGCAGUACAAAUAUGAGUUGUGCAAGCGUCUCGAGGUAUCCAGAGAUAAUUAUGACGAUCUACCUUUCGAGUUCAGAGCUUUGGAGGUUGCUUUGGAGCAUACAUGUAUGUCACUUGAUGCUCAGACAAAGGAUUUAGAAUUGGAUAUAUAUCCUGUGCUCGACGAAUUGGCCUCAUUCAUAAGCACCCUCAAUCUAGAGCGUGUACGUAGAUUCAAAGGGAGCCUUCUGGCCUUGACUCAGCGAGUGCAAAAGGUUUGUGAUGAAAUAGAGCAUCUGAUGAACGAUGAUGGAGACAUGGCAGAGAUGUUUCUAACUGAGAAGAAAGAAAGAAGGGAUAUACUUACAGAUAGUGAUGUAUGCAAUCAAAUUAAUGAUGCAAAUUUUGGAUCCAAAUAUGCUCCUGUUUCUGCGGUGGGAUCAUCUAGCGGAGUCCACAGAUUGCAGAGAGCUUUCAGCACUAUGAGUUCCACUAAACAUGGAAGCUUCUCGAGCUCAUCUUCUUCUGGAGAAAAUACCGAUCAACUUGAGAUGUUACUUGAAGCAUACUUUGUUGGCAUAGACAACACACUCAAUAAGUUGCUAUCGCUUAAAGAGUAUAUUGAUGAUACCGAGGAUUUAAUCAACAUAAAGCUGGGAAAUGUACAGAAUCAGCUGAUUAAAUUCGAGUUGCUUCUCAGAGCUGCUACCUUUGUCACUGCCAUGUUUGCCGCUGUGGCUGCAGUUUUUGGAAUGAAUUUCGAAGACACUGUAUUCGACGAGGCCUCUACAUUCAACUGGGUACUUGUCAUUUCUGGAAUCUGUUGUGGAGUGUUGUAUGGUUUAUUUUUGGCCUAUUUCCGGAACAAAAAAGUCAUCCCUUAGUAGUCGGUUAGGGGAAGGGAUCACCUACUACAUUUCCUAAUUUUAAUUGAGUUCUUGCAGUUUCUUGUACCUAUUUUUAGUUCUAGUGUGCAUCAGACUUGUACAUCUUAAUAAAAAACUGAAAUUGGAACCGGA